UUUUAAUAUUCAUGAACCCACACCGGGGUGUCUGUAUGUUGUUGACUGUCUGUCCGACAUUGUCCUCGCUGGACCAGCGCUAUUAUUGACGGACAAUCCCCGUCUGUUGACAGUUUUUUGUCCCUUGACAUAAACAUGUCUUCGCUACUGAAGCCGUUUUCGGUACGCGAGGGCCCAUGCGAGAGGCACGCUGGCAACAGUGGAUGCCUGACCACAUCACUGACACCCCCAACCCAAUGUUUGGGUUCUCGGAAUGCCGCGGCGGGGUUGAGCCCUCUACCCGUCGCCGGUUACCAGGUGUAUGGAGCAAGGCGAACCCUGGCAGCGGCUUCAAUCGGAGGAAGGAAAUUGACCCACCCGGGGAAGGCAAUUCUUGCAGGCGGUAUCGCAGGAGGCAUAGAGAUCUGCAUCACCUUCCCCACGGAGUAUGUGAAGACCCAGCUGCAGCUGGAUGGGAGGGCCAACCCACCCAGAUACAGAGGCAUCGGUGACUGUGUCAAGCUGACGGUUCAGGACCACGGCCUCAGAGGGCUGUAUCGCGGCCUCAGCUCCCUGCUCUAUGGAUCCAUCCCCAAGUCUGCAGUGAGAUUCGGCACCUUUGAGGUGCUGAGCAACCCGAUGCGGGAUGCUACCGGUCGCCUGGACAACACGCGGAGUCUGCUGUGUGGACUCGGCGCGGGGAUAGCGGAGGCCGUGGUGGUGGUCUGUCCAAUGGAAACACUCAAGGUGAAGCUGAUCCACGACCAGUGUUCUCUGAGGCCGCGCUACAGAGGAUUCUUCCAUGGUGUCAGCGAGAUCAUCAAAGAGCAGGGUGUGAGGGGGACGUAUCAGGGCCUGACUGCGACAGUGCUAAAACAAGGAAGCAACCAGGCCAUCCGCUUCUAUGUAAUGAACUCGCUCCGGAACUGGUACAAAGGGGACGACCCGAGGCGGGAAAUGCACCCGGUUGUCACGGCGAUAUUCGGAGCGACGGCCGGAGCGGCCAGCGUUUUUGGCAACACCCCGCUGGAUGUGGUGAAGACGCGAAUGCAGGGCUUGGAAGCUCAUAGGUACAAGAGCACACUGGACUGUGCCUUCCAGAUAUUAAAACACGAAGGACCGCAAGCGUUCUACAAAGGCACGGUUCCCCGGCUGGGCCGAGUGUGUCUGGACGUGGCCAUCGUCUUCGUCAUCUACGAGGAGGUGGUCAAGCUGCUGAACAACGUGUGGAAGACCCAGUGAUGGAGCAAAGCAGGUCGGAAACACAAAGAGGAUUCAAAACAAAGCACAGACCAGGGAUUGGAAGCAAUGUCCAACCUGCCUCAUUCUACUAUCCUAGUAUUCAGCGCCCUACUAAGCCCCAUUGACAAUAUGAAAGCAUCAGUGUGACUCAACGGCUCUCUUGAUUAUUCAAUAAUAAUCGGGUUGUGAUAGAUCCGGUGAGAUUGGUUACAUGAUCCAAGAGAAGAGUGGACAGUAAAAAUCCCAUUCCAAAUGCAUGUAUUUAAUAGCACGUGCAUUCCACAACUCAGUUCAACCAGAAUGGAUUUCCAAAACUAGGCUACGCCGUAAAUGACUCUACUUUGAUUGGCAGUGCAAAGGCAGGGCUUUUAAAAAUAAAUUUAACCGAUUUUUAAACGGAUAGAACAGUAAUUGGCCAAUUUCCUGAUUCUGACAUCAACAUCUAAUUAGCUUAUAGAAUAAGGGCGCAGGAUACUAAAGGGAUUUUAUGAGUGGUAGACUGGUUCAAAACACUGGAACUAUAAUGCAAACCUGCAGAAUGAAAAGUACUAUCUAAAAACAACAUUAACAUUUUGGUGUGGAUGCAGAAUAAUAUAACCUCUAGGAAACCAUAUGUGUGUCUUUUUCAGCAGAAAUAAGACAUUUCAAAAUCUCACUACUUUAACAGGACUUUACUGAAGCUCUUCAAAAUAUUCUUUAAUAACCAUUGUAGGGUUACAAUAAUAUUGCAAUUUUCACGCUAAUUUUGUCACAAUUAUCUGCGUAAAAUAUUGUGAUUUCUUCUCAUUUGUAUUUAGCGGCUUUGCACUGAAAAGUCCACAGAUUUGUUCCCAAGAUGUAUAAACUUGCAGUUUGGAUCUUUAAGUAGGAAAUGCAAAAUAAUUUUUUAAAACUCAGAGGUUAUACAAUGUAGGUCAAAUUAUACUGAUACAGGAGAGUUUUAAAAUCUAAAUUUCAGUUAAAAGAUUGCAAAAAUGUAAUGGUUACUAAUCUAGCCAGUUCAAACCUGCCAAAGGUUUCAGAAGGCAUACAUUUCAAUAAAACAUACAUCAAUUAAAAAAACAUCACACCAACUGGACCUAAAUUGUAACGGUAUCGUGUAGCAAAAUUAAGUGUUUUUAAGUUUCCAUUUAAUUUAUUUAUUUACCCAUUGUUGAAGUUGAGGUUAUGGUAUAACUGUAUUUGAUAACUGGCUGUUGAAUAGGGAAUAGGACUAAUAGGACUCUGGUCUCUUCACUCCCCUUCCAUGGAGUUUAGAAAAGGUAAACCAGAAGGAGACUAAAGGAAUGUGACUUAUGCCCAUCUGAGCCACCAGGACUGUGACCUUCCUUAUGUCCUCCAAGUUCCACCAUACACGGCCUUGCACUUAAGUCCUUAAAUUCUCUUUGCCAAACUGCUUCGGUUCGACCUGGUACCAAUGUAUUUGAAGUGUUAUUUCCUUCGUGCAAAAAUAUUAUUAUUUAACCCAUGUUUGUCCACUCUUUUCAGUGUAUGUAUGGUAGCACAUUUGUAUGUAUAUCUUGUUAUUUUUCUACAUAGGCCAAGUGCAUGUAUUGUCUACAUUCCAGCAGCAUAUCAGUUACGUUUUUAAGGGUUUUCCAUAAAUUAUGGAGAUCCCUGCCUAUUUUACUGGUCAUUAUUCAUGUUUUCAUUCAAUGCAACACCCAUUGGCAUGGUUACAAGAAAUAAACAAAUGAUCUGGUUCUGGUGAAAAAGCCUUCACUGUUAGACUACAUUGCACAGACUUUGUUGGCCUGAGAAUAAACUUCUUAUAACAACAA